AAUUAUUUGUAAUUGUAAACCUGUGAUUUGUGAAAGAGAUGGCGACUUCUUCAUAUUUGGCAUUUCAAGGGAGUUGCUGUCUCCACAAACCUUCCAUCCCAUACAACUUUGAUCGUUUUAAGCCCACACUCUCCUCUGCUUUCAAGCCAUUCCUGAGAGAGUUGCAGCAACUUUCCAAGCGAAUCGAUGUUUCCAAAACCAUAUUCAAGAAAACUUCUGUGAAUUUACUGGACACAUUUGUUGAUCACGUGUUUGAAUUUAUUGACCACUCUUUGCUCCCAUCUCAGGGUAACUUUGCUCCAGUUGAUGAGUUGAGAGAAGCUGUUCUUGUCACCAGUAUUGAAGGGGAAAUUCCUGAAGAUUUUCCAGAAGGUGUCUUUAUAAGAAAUGGGCCGAACCCUCUUUUUGGAGGACUGAAGUCGACAAAAUCUAUAUUUGGGAGGUCAAGUCAUAUUUGGGUAGAAGGAGAAGGAAUGCUUCAUGCUUUGUAUUUUAAUAAAGGAACUGAUGGUAGCUGGACCGUUGUUUACAAUAACAGAUAUGUUGAGACUGAAACCUUCAAACUAGAAAAGCUAAGAAAUAAGCCGUCUUUUCUUCCUGCAAUACAAGGCGAUUCAGCGGCAGUUUUGUCUGCUUAUUUGCUAAAUUUUCUGAGGUUUGGCAAAAUAAACAAAUACUUGAGCAACACCAAUGUUUUUGAGCAUUCGGGCAAGUUUUACUCGAUUGCAGAAAAUCACAUCCCACAAGAGAUUGACAUCUUUACACUAAAAACCUAUGAUAAUUGGGAUGUCAAUGGAACUUGGAAUCGACCUUUCACCAGCCAUCCAAAGAAAGAUCCAGAUACAGAGGAGCUUGUCAUUAUGGGGAUUGAUGCAGCUAAACCUUUUGUUGAAGUGGGAGUAAUUUCAGCUGAUGGAAAUAAAUUAGUUCACAGAAUGGAUCUCAAACUCAAUAGGUGCACCCUUUGCCAUGAAAUGGGAGUUACACGGAGGUAUAACGUAUUUCUUGAUUUUCCUCUGUCUAUAGACAUAAACAGACUUAUUCAAGGAGGACAAUUGAUAAAUUACGAACCAAAAGGAUAUGCAAGGAUUGGGGUAAUGCCUCGCUAUGGUGCUGCAGAUUCUAUCCAGUGGUUUGUUGUGAAACCAAAUUGUACAUUCCACAUUAUCAAUUGUUUUGAGGAAGGUGAUGAGGUUGUAGUUUUGGGAUGUAGAGCUCUUGAAUCGGUCAUACCAGGACCUACUCUAGAUUUGAAUAGAUCUGAGAGGAGUUCUGAAAAAAAUAGGCAUGUAGAAUCAUUUGAGGAAAGUAUUGAUACCGCAACAAAAGAAGUAUUUUCUAGUCCUUAUGAAUGGAGAUUGAAUAUGCAAACUGGAGAGGUUAAGGAGAGAAAUCUCUGUGGAACAAAGUUCUCUAUGGAUUUUCCUAUGAUCAAUGGAGACUAUACAGGUAUUAAAAAUAAAUAUGGUUACACCCAAACUGUUGAUUCUGCUGCAAGUUCUACAUCAGGGAUCCCAAAAUUUGGAGGGAUAGCCAAGUUAUACUUUGAAGAACCAGUUACAGAGGUUUCAUCGAGAGAGAAAAUGAUAAAAAUGGAAUAUCACAAGUUGGAGGAAAAUGUAUUCUGCACUGGAGCUACAUUUGUCUCCAAAGGAAAAGGCUUGGAAGAAGAUGACGGUUGGAUCAUCAGUUUUGUUCACAAUGAAGAUACAAAUAUAUCUCAAGUUUAUAUAAUUGACACAAAGAAAAUUUCUAGUGAGGCAGCUGCCAAAAUCACACUACCAUGCAGAGUCCCGUACGGUUUCCAUGGAGCUUACAUGCCAAUCCGGGAAUCCCAUUGAAAGUUUCAAGAUUUUCAACCCCACUUAAAACUCUAUUCAAGUUCUUUUCUAUUAGAAAAUGAAUAAUUCUCUUCCAGGUUUUUCCAUUUGUCAUAAAACUCCCAAGAUGUGUAGCAAUACUUCUAGUGUAAAUAUAUUACUAGUAAAAAUUGUUUUUUUUCUUCAGUACUUACCAUUUAAUCAAGCACGACAAACGAUAUACAAAGAUGUU